GCGGGGAAGAUGGCGGCGCGGUGGGCAAUUAACGCGGGUAGUGCCUGGACGCGCAGUCUGCUCGGCUGGGCGCGGCCGGAGAGGUGGUUAGCAUCCGGAAGCCCUUUUCCUCUGUCAUGCAUCCACACAAGCACAUCUCUGCAGAAAUCUGAAAAGUGGGAGAAAAAGAACAGAGUUGUCUACCCUCCACAGCUGCCUGGAGAACCUCGCAGACCAGCUGAAAUAUAUCACUGUCGGAGGGAAAUAAAGUAUAGCAAAGAUAAGAUGUGGUAUCUGGCAAAACUGAUAAAAGGAAUGUCGAUUGAUCAGGCUCUUGCUCAGUUGGAAUUCAGUGAUAAAAAGGGAGCAAAGGUGAUUAAAGAGGUUCUGUUAGAAGCUCAGGAAAUGGCAGUGAGAAAUCACAAUGUGGAAUUCAAAUCAAAUUUACAUAUAGCUGAGUCACUGACGGGCAGAGGCCGUUAUACGAAGCGGAUUCGUUACCAUGGCAAAGGCAUGUAUGGCAUCAUGAAAAUCCCCAGGUGUCAUUACUUUGUGAAGUUGGUGGAAGGUCCUCCUCCUCCUCCAGAGCCACCAACCACUGGGUUUGACCAAGCAAAAGAAUAUGUGCAGCAGCUGCGAAGUAGAACCCUUGUUAAUACGUUGUGACAAAAUUUUGUGACUGUAUAGGUAUUUCUUGUUUGACAAUGUAAUUACAUAAAAGAAUAAUUAAAAUCAUGUUUUAGUUACA